AUGCAUCCCACGCUUAGAGUGCUUUCUCGAUCCGCAUGGAAAGGACCAAAUGUGGUUCCACUACCUGUGAGAGAAGCUUUGGCUAAAGGGACUCCGAUCAGAACAAAUGCAAGAUCCGCUACCAUUUUACCUCAGUUUGUUGGUCUCAAAUUUCAGGUCCACAAUGGAAAAGAGUACGUUGCGUUUGAGAUUUCGGAAGAUAUGGUUGGCAGCAAGCUCGGCGAAUUUGUUCCAACCCGUAAGAGAUUUAGCUACACUCAGACUAAGAACAAAUGA